CUCGAGAUAUGCUCUUUAUAUAGUUAAAUUCUCCACAGCUAUAUAUCUCUUUCCUAUUCAUCUUAUGUUAAUUAGAAGAUUUUGAACAACAAACAGAACCCACAAAACCUCCCAAGCAAUAUUCUCUAACAAAGAUGGCUCUAAGCAAUAAUGUCAUCGGAGCCAUCAACUUCGUGGCUAUGCUCCUCUCAGUACCGAUCAUAGGGGCCGGAAUCUGGCUGGCCACAGAACCGGACAACUCUUGCGUCAAAAUCUUACAAUGGCCGGUCAUCAUACUUGGGGUGUUGAUCUUGGUCGUGGCACUAGCAGGCUUUGUCGGAGCUUUUUGGCGGAUCCCGUGGCUCCUUAUUUUUUACCUGGUCGCCAUGCUUGUUCUUAUAAUAUUGCUUGCCUGUCUGGUGGUUUUCGUCUACAUGGUCACCAUGAGGGGGUCCGGCCACCUUGAGCCGAGCCGGGCUUACUUGGAAUAUCAUCUUGAUGACUAUUCCGGCUGGCUCCGGCGGAGGGUUCAAAGUUCUUACAAGUGGGAGCGCAUAAGGAACUGCCUUAGCUCAACAACUAUGUGUGCUGAGUUGAGCCAGAGUUAUCGCAUGGCUCAGGAUUUCUUUAAUGCACAUAUUACCCCCUUGCAGUCGGGAUGCUGUAAGCCACCGACCCAAUGUGGGUACACAUUCGUGAAUCCAACCUACUGGAUAAGUCCCAUUAACACAGCAGCCGACAUGGAUUGCCUGCAAUGGAGCAACGAGCAGACCCAACUUUGCUACAACUGUGAUUCAUGCAAAGCUGGAUUAUUGGCCAAUCUGAAGAAGGAAUGGAGAAGAGCAGAUAUUGUAUUGCUCAUUACUCUGGUUGCUUUGAUUUCUGUAUAUUUGAUAGGGUGUUGUGCAUUCAGGAAUGCUAAAACUGAAGACCUCUUUCGCAAAUACAAGCAAGGUUACACGUGAGAGAGGAGUAAUUCUAAAUAUUCACCUCUCAGUCUCGUUCCUAUAUUAUUAGCAAUCUAAGAAUUGAUGAGCAAUCCAAUCAUAUAAGAGCGGGAUAAGAGAUGAGUACUUAAAAUUACUCUAAGAGACAAAUGCAUGCAGCUAGCUUGUUACAUAUGUGUUGGGUGAAUGGCAUUUUGGAUAUUUUUGUAUAAGAAAUAUUGCACUGUUUCUUUUCUUUGUCGUGGGGUUACAUAUAUAUAUAUGUCUUGGGU